AUGAAUUUGGUUGUGGUUUCGUUCCUGAUAUGGGCACAUGCCCCAACGGAGGAAAAGGACGAUGCCACCAAGGACGCUUUCUAUGAGGAGCUUGACCGAGCUUAUGGCCGCUGUCCUUCCCAUGACAUUAAAAUUCUCCUCGGGGAUUUUAAUGCCAAGGUAGGACGAGAAGACAUCUUUGGUGCCACCGUCGGGCGAUUUAGUCUACAUGAGACCACCUCGAGCAAUGGUCUCAGAUUAAUAGGCUUUGCAGCUGCCCAUAAUAUAGUAGUUCGUAGUACGGGUUUCCGUCAUUUGGACAUCCAUAAGGCAUCUUGGCUCUCUUCCGAUCGAGAGCCGAGCACCUUUAAUACCUGA